UCCACAAGGAGCCCUCCUGGUGCCCUGUCAGCGAAGCCCAAGCCGGAGCCAGUCCAACCAGUCAGCUGUUUCAUCUCGUUGGUGGCGGCUGUACGAUUCUCCUCUCCAAAACUUCCACGGAAUUUCAUAAAAAUAAGAAAAUGGCACUGUGGCGGACCAUAGGCCUACCAUCCAGAGGCACUGUGGCACGAUGUAGUCUGCAGAUUUCGUCCUCAAGGAGCCUGUCUGCGGCCGCCAAGCAGGAACCGGUUUAUGAACUACGAACGUACACAGUGUAUCCGGAUAAGAUGCGAGAAUACCUGACCAUCACCGCCGAAGAAUUCCACUUGCGGACGGCCCACUCGAAGCCCCUGGGUUUCUGGACGGCUGAGGUCGGCGGGCUGAACCAGGUCGUCCACAUAUGGGAGUAUGAGAGCUUGGCCCAUCGAUCGACCAUAAGGGCGAAUUUAGCAGGCGACAGCGAGUGGAUGAGCAAGUACGUGAGUCGAGUGGCCGGCAUGUGGCAGCAGCAGGAUAACAGCCUCAUGACCCUACUGCCUGGCACCUCCCUGGCACUCCCCUCUGGCACUG